AAUAGUAUGACUCUUGAGACGAUACAAGUCAUCUCACAUAUAACCAAUACCAAAAAACGUGGUUGUUUUUGUUUGGCCUGACCAUGAUAUGGUGCUCAACUCGAACUGUCUGAGAAUCCAGGCAUCAGCUGCAGAAGAAGAGAAGCUGAGAGAUUGACAAUAAGGCAGAGACCCACAAUAGAUCGAUGUGUUAGAUAUUAAUACCGAAUAAUCACCACUGGCGUAAAUAUUUUACCAAAUUUCCAGUCAUGGAGUUGUGUGAAAUACUGUACAACAAAGCAGAGUAUAUUGAGACGGCUUCCGGCAACAAAGUGAGCAGACAGUCAGUGCUUUGUGGGAGUCAAAAUAUCGUCCUGAAUGGCAAAACUAUUGUCAUGAAUGACUGUAUCAUAAGGGGAGACCUGGCUAAUGUCAGGGUGGGUAGACACUGUGUUGUGAAGAGCCGGAGUGUCAUCCGACCCCCCUUUAAAAAAUUCAGCAAAGGAGUCGCUUUCUUCCCACUCCACAUCGGAGACCAUGUCUUCAUCGAGGAGGACUGUGUGGUCAACGCAGCACAGAUUGGUUCCUACGUCCACAUUGGCAAGAACUGUGUAAUAGGACGCCGCUGUGUGCUGAAGGACUGCUGCAGGAUCCUAGACAACACUGUGCUUCCUCCCGAGACAGUUGUGCCGCCUUUUACGGUCUUCUCCGGGUGCCCAGGUUUAUUUUCAGGAGAACUCCCAGAGUGCACACAGGACCUGAUGAUCGAUGUCACCAAGAGCUACUACCAGAAGUUCCUGCCGCUCAGCCAGAUCUGAGUCCUGCUCCAAAACCCUCAGCAGGAUCCGCCUGUGUUCAGCCAGGCACAGGUUUGGGUCUCUUAAUCAGACUGAAAUGGAAACAGCUCAUCUUCUCUCCAUCAUCCAGUGGUACUGAGCUUCACUGCCUGAGGAAAUACAACUGGUCCUAUAAAGAGCCCCUAUAUGAUUAUAGAUUUUGAGUAUGAGAAAAGCACCUACUGUAAUUAAUGGACGCUUAUAUAGAUGCAGAAGGUGAUUUUGAUUGUAACUUCAAAUUGCUGUGACAGUCUUGACAAGUCUUUUGAAUCUGGAAAUCCUGUAAGUUGUUGUUCCUAAACUGGACACGGCAUGCUCAUGUUUACUACCCCAGCUAGUCUGUUAUCUUUGGCACAGAUAAAUUCCCUAUUUGUUCUCCUGUGAAUAGUUUUAUGUGGUCUGAUACUUUUUCCUGCUCAGUGUGCCGUGGGAAAACUUGGCAUCCUCUGUAUGGCUGCUGAUAUUCAGAGGGGGACACAAGCCCAUGUGGAGGAAGUUGUUGCUCUGUGGCAACAGCAGAAGAUGAAGAGCUGGAGGAGCUAUGAAAGGAAAGACAGUUAAGGGCAGAGGUGCGUGGAGAACAUGGGAACACAGCUUAUAUAGAACAUUCAUGGACCAAAAUGAAAUUCACUUGGCCAGAGCCAACAUGUCAUAGUGCAGCAAAUAAAUAAAUAUAACUGCUUUAACAUCUCCUUGGU